GUCACUGUAUUCGAUCGACGAAAGAUUCCGAGGGAGCGGGAUCUCCUGCGAUGGAACUCUCCGCUGCUGCAUUCCGCUUCCACCGUUGCGCCGCUCCACACCUUGCCCUCAGCCGAUCCGUCGCCACAGCCAAUCCGCCGUCGCUUUGGAAUCGUAGGGUUCCUCCAAUCGCUCCUUUGGCGGUGCGCCUUGACCGCCGCGAUCCCCUGCUUCUUACUGGUGGAAGGAGCCGGUUGUUCUCCAGUUGGUUGAGGGAGAGUAAAAAACCGGCCUUUUCCGCGGUUAGGGCUAUCAGGGGCGAAAUGGAGCCUGCUGGUAGUCUUAGCGGGAAAAUUGCGGUCGCUUCGACGGUCACGAUUCUCCUGGCGGUCCUCAACCGGGUCCUCUACAAGCUCGCCCUCGUCCCUAUGAAGGAAUACCCCUUCUUCUUGGCUCAAGUUACAACCUUCGGUUAUGUGGCGGUAUAUUUCUUCAUUCUCUACCUUAGAUAUAGUGCCGGUAUUGUAACCAAGGAAAUGCUGGCGCUCCCAAAAUCUCAGUUUAUAGCAAUUGGCUUUCUGGAAGCUCUUGGUGUUGCUUCAGGAAUGUCGGCAGGAGCUAUGCUUCCUGGACCAGCCAUUCCUAUAUUGUCUCAGACUUUCUUGGUCUGGCAACUCAUCUUGUCUGUCCUGAUCUUGGGAAGGAAAUACUCAUUCAUCCAAGUUUUUGGUUGCUUACUUGUAACUGCUGGAGUUGUUAUAUCUGUGGCAAGUGGGGCAAAUAAUGGUGAAUUUCUAUCUCAAGUCGAACUUCUUUGGCCUGCACUAAUGGUAGCUUCAUCUGCAUUUCAAGCUGCUGCAUCCAUUCUCAAGGAAUUUGUUUUCAUUGAUGGGGCAAAGCGCCUUUGGGGAAAGCCUCCUGACAUAUUUGUUGUCAAUUCUUUCGGAUCUGGGUUUCAGGCUCUUUUUGUUUUCCUUCUUCUUCCAUUUCUGUCGAACAUAAGAGGAAUUCCUUUUGCUGAACUCCCUGCAUACCUGAGAAGUGGUGCCGCAUGCUUUUUAAAUGUUGGCAGCCUUACGAAAGGCUGUGAAGGUGCACCAUUGUUGCCUCUACUUUUCAUCGCAAUGAAUAUGGCUUUUAAUAUAUCAUUGCUUAAUCUGGUGAAGAUGUCAUCUGCAUUGGUUUCUUCUCUUGCAAUAACACUAGCAGUUCCACUUUCCAUCUAUAUUCUCUCACUUCCACUACCUUACAUCCCUGAAGGCGCAAGCUUGAAUGUUCACUUUGUUGUUGGUGCUGCCAUUCUGGUUCUGGGAUUAAUAAUAUACAAUCUUCCUCGAUCAGCAAAUCAAAAUUAUAAAAGUGAUUGACAAGCUCUGAAGAUCACUUCUAUUUUAGUGAUUUGGCAACUGACUUCACUCAUCAUCACUGUCAUUUUCUUAUGGCAUUUGUUUCAACAACUGAUUUGUCAGAUGACAGGCAGCAUUUCUGCCCUAUGGAACCUGGCUAACCUUCCGGAUCAUAGAUAGUAUCAAGUCUUCAUUUGUGGAAUUUAUUUCAAGGAAUGAAUCGUCCAACCAUGUAACAGAUUCCAGAUAUAACGAAGAUGAACAAUUGUGGCCCAAUAACUUCUUCUUGCCUCAGAUUGUCACAAACAGCAAAAGUGGUAACCACCGUUUUCACGCUAUCGAUCAUCCUGCUCUGGUGUCGGAUUCUGGUUGCCAUCAGAGUUUUCUUUGGUGAGGUAGCAUUCAGCUGCCAAGGUUUCCACAUGGAAUUCCAGGAGCAUCUUACUAUAUGAUAGAAUUGGUGGUCUUGAAUGUAUAUCAACGUCGAAUUCUUUCUUGAACUAUCUGGUGCAACGAUCUCAAAUGUAGCAGAACUGAUUUUGUCUAGCCUUGUGUGUUUAGUGAAAAAUUUGCAAGAUGAAGAACAGAAUGAAAGCUCUUUAUCAA